AACUGUAUUUUUAUUUAAGAGACUGUUGGCUAUCUUGCUCCACUGUGCAGAUACAGAAGCAGUGCCAAACAGUGAUACAGCUGUUGCAGUAAAAUGAAAGGUCACUCUGCAGGUGAUCUCCAGACAUACCUUCAAAACUGAGCCACUCUGUAUAUCCGAUGAAUAUAUUCUUAGUUUAUAAUAAUGCCUUUCUUGUGGCAAUAUUAAUGCUUGGUAGGAAACUAACCACAUACACCGUCAAGCCUUACACAGCCAAACUCUUUCAGUCAGUUUCCUAUCACUCAUCUCUGUAUCAAUGCUGUAUCCUUCUGUUUGUUAUUUUCAUUUGUUUACUAGCAGACAAAAUGUGUUUGAUUGUUAUGAAUUACUGAAUUUAAAAUGAGAUGAAAAGAGUGUCCAAUGUGAAUAAAAUAGAAAAAAUAGCAUAGCUCCAUAAAUAUCGAAGAUCUAAAAAUAGAAAUAAAAAAUUUUAUCUCGGUAAGAAAUCAAUAAAAAGAAAAUAAAAAAAAAAAUAUGAUAGCACCAGACGAUGUAAAGCAAUUCAAGGAAAUUCUAAGAUCAUUACAUCACAGAGUAAUAGAAUAUUGUUGCCGGCAGGUCGAGGGAGGCAAACCUUCCUGCCCGCUCCAUGGCCAGCAGCAGGCACCUCACUGCACUGCCUGCAACAGCCGCCAUCUUGCUUGGGUGCCGAGGGCCCACGCCCUCACCCCUCUGUGUGGUAGUGACUACCUCACAGAGCGUGUCGCAAAGCGGCCAUUGUGACAUAAGCAGCCAGGAGCAGGUUAGGCCAGGCCAAGCUCAGACCGUGGGUCAGUGCGACCUGGUGAGGUGAGGAGAGAGGGCAGGGAGCCAGGGGCUGCCUGGGGCUGCUCAGUGAGGAGGGGUCCCCACGCCCUGGGGGCCUGAGCUGCUAACUCAACUCUCGUCCUGCUUCUCCCUCAGAGUCGGCAGAGGAGAGUGUGCAGGAGAAAGCCCAGCGCUGACUGGGCAGGGACUCCAAGCGCUCAGCGUCGACGUGUACCAUGUCCAAAAGGAAGGAGAAGACCUCCCACUCGGAGGAGCAAGGUGAGAGCAAAGUAUCCCUGCGUGCAGCUCCCUGCCGGGCAGAGGGGUACUGCGGGGUCUGCCUGUGUCUGAGAGGGGAGGCGGGGGCAGGCAGGGGCUCCCCAGACACUGCUGGGCAUGGCCCCUCUGCUCCUCAGCCAGCUUGGCCUGCGCGUGCCUGCCGUGACUGUUGGGCCUACCGUGGCCCUUGUCCCCCUCGCAUCUUCCAGCCCUGCCCCUCAUCCAGCAUGGCAGGCACAGUGCAGGCCCCAGGCAACAGUCCUCGGGGACACUCGGUACUCACUGCUGCUUCUAUCGGCUCUCUCCUCUUCAGUAUGCAUGCUGUGUCGCCGAGCAGACGUUCACCCGGACAUCUGCGGGCCCACCCUCAGCGAGAGCGGGCUUUGCGUCCACAAGUUUUGCUUGUUUUUUGCCAACGGCCUGUAUGAACACACUGCCCUCCAGAGGGCAGUUCUCAAGUUCCCCCUUGAUGCCAUCAGAUGCACAAUCGAGGAGGCAGAGCAGAAGCACUGCUUCGUUUGUGGAGAGAAGGGGGCCUCCAUCUGCUGCGCAGAGACAGGCUGUGAGCGUAGCUUUCAUCUGCCCUGUGCCACGGAUGGCGAAUGCGUCACGCACUUCUUUGGGAGGCACAGGUCCUUCUGCUGUGAGCACCGCCCUCAGCAGAUAGUGGAGGCAGAUCCAGAGCCUGACACAGCCUGCAUCAUCUGCCUGGAGCCCGUGGGGGACAAAAAGUCCUACCACACCAUGGUGUGCCCAGUGUGCAUACAGGCCUGGUUCCACCGGAGCUGCAUCCAGGGACAGGCCAUGAGCGCUGGCAUUCUGCGCUUCCAAUGUCCCGUCUGCAGAGACAGGAUGCAGUUCCGGACGCAAAUGCACAUCCUCGGGAUCCAAAUCCCAGCCAGAAGACCAACAUGGGAGGACAAGGAGUCCUAUGAAAAGCUGUACGAGAUGCACGGGCUCUGUGAUGUCAGCGAGUGCCUGUACACAGAAGGCAGGGAGCAAGCAGAGGAAGAGGGGCCCUGGGAGCUGCUCGUUUGCACCUCUUGUGCUGUGCAAGGCACCCACCGGCACUGCUCCUCCUUGAGCGAGAGCAUAACAAGCUGGGAGUGUGACAUCUGUGCUGGCGUGGGCACAGGUAAGAGGCAAACAGCCGUGUACUGCUGGCUUGGGGCCAGGCAAGGCCUGGCAGCGGGUCCUCCGAGCGGCUUUGCCAGAGUUCCUCUGCCCCUGGACGGAUGGGAACCUCGCCCACCAUGGGGCUGCCGGGUCAUCCGGCUGACCUUCCUGCCUCUCCUUACAGCCUCCAGUGACGAGCCGCAGCUUGCUGGUCCCAGCACUGCCAGCCAGGAGGCAGAGGGGCCAUCUCCUAGCUCCCCAGAACCUGGCAACCACAGAUCCGACUCCACCAGCAAGGCAGCAUCGGAGUCACCCUGUGGUUCUCAGCUGCCUAAGCGCAGCAGCCUGUCCAGCCAGCCCAGGACAGGACAGAGCAAGAGCCGCGGACAUACAUCUAAGCAGCACCAAGGACACCAAGGGAGCAGCCCUACACCAGCUCCAGGUGCUGAGAGCAGCCCCCGCGGAUCCACCAGCAAGCGAGAAGUGGGGUCCUCCAGAAAUUGCCCAGCGGCUGAACGCAGAAGGCAAUCCGGGCAGCAGGACACAGGCCGGACAAGAAGCCGCUCUCCGCUGAAGGAUCGUGCCUCCAAUUCCCCGAGCCAGCUCAGAAGAAAUCCUGGCAGCAGACGUAGUGCAGCCUCAGCUACUGUGAGCGGCAGACGUACUGCGGCCUCAGCUACUGCCAGCGGCAGACGUACUCCAGCCCCAGGUGCUGAGAGCAGCACGCACACCUCUGGCAGCCGGAGGGCAUCCAGGAAUUCCCCAGGGGCUGGAAGCAUAAGAUGCCACAAAGAGCAAGGCACAAGCCGGAGACAGAGCCAAUCCUCUCUACAAGGUCCGGCAUCAAAUUCCUCGAGCCAGCCCCGAGGACGCCGUGGCAGCAGGCUUAGUGCUGAGAGCGGCUCCCAGAGCUCUGGCAGACAGGUGACAUCCAGGUCCUCCAGGGAUUCCGCGCUGCCUGAACACAGAAGGCAUUCCCAGAACCAGGAACGAAGCCGUUCCCCGCGGGAUCGUCGGGCUUCCAAUUCCCCAAGACAGUCUGGAGGAAGCCAGAGCCGCAGUCCCAGGCAGCGGCGGCCAUCUCAGGCACGACGCCACUCCCAGAACCAGCCCUGAAGACACCGCAGGAGCAGCCAUGUACCACAGCCACGUGACGGCUCCUGUCCCCAGCAGCCAACCCAAUAGACUUGUCACGGACUUCUCUCUAGAUCCGCGUCCGUGACAGGGGGCAGCAGGCCUGGGAAAAAAGACAAAAAAUACAGAGAGACAGAGGGAAGAAAGAAAAGUGUUAACGGAUUACGGGCCGGUCCGGCGCAGCCCCGUGACUAAAGAGGCAACGGACUCGUGGGAUAAUACAAUGCAACACAAUACAAUUGGAAUGGAGACCCACACAGCAAACAGAAUGAGGGAGAGAAUGUCCAAAACUGAGGCCUUACUCUGUG